GCAAUUCAAAGCCAACGUGGCAUUGAACACUUGGGGCUUUACCUCAUUCAAGCAAUUACCGCGCCAAUGGCCGAACCCACAAAGUCCCGCGUCGCGGCGACGCAGCACGAGGACCAGAACCAGCUCAUCAAGCAAGGUGCCGAAGCCCGUGUCUUCCGUGGCAGCUUGUGCGGCAAGAGCUGCAUCAUCAAAGAACGCUUCCGCAAAGAGUAUCGCCACCCAACUCUUGAUAGCAAGCUCACACAGAAACGUACGGUCCAGGAGGGCCGGGCCCUCGCCAAGUGUCGGACCCUUGGCAUUUCCGUGCCAGCCUUGUACUACGUCGACAUCACCACCAGCCGCCUCUACAUAGAAGACGUUGAUGGAGAGACCGCCCGCGAUUAUCUUUAUCAGCUGGAUGAGGCAGCGCCAGCCCGAAUGGAACUCGCCGAGCAGAUUGGUCGUGCCGUCGGUCGCCUCCACGCCAACGACCUAAUCCACGGUGAUCUCACCACCAGCAACAUGAUCCGCCGCCCCAAUGCACAACUCGUCAUGAUCGACUUUGGCCUCUCCUCCAUCACUAAGAUGGAAGAAGACAAGGCCGUCGAUCUUUACGUCCUAGAGCGUGCUCUUGACAGCACCCACCCCAACUCGGCGCCCUUGUUUGCCCGUAUCCUGCAAGCCUACCGUCAGAAUGCCGGCAAACAAGCGAAACUAGUUCUCAAACGCCUCGAAGACGGGCUUCGUGAUGGAAAGUGCGAAGAUCGACACGACCGGGGCGCGCGGGCAAGCAAGACGCUGAUCGCCAACGCGUACGUGGUCGCCUCGGUGAGCAUCAACCUCUGGAGCCAGCUGGCAGGCCGCAAAAACGGCAGCAUGACCGAGCCCGUCCCUUCGAUUCACUCAAAUGACCUGCCCCCGUACAUCGCCAUUGUGUCCAACACGCCGCUUCAGCCUUGCCACGAUGCUCUCCUGCGUGGCGCUCAGGGUAUCCUGGCUCUUGAUGGCGGGGCCAAUCGGCUGCACCAGCACGACCCACAGCUCAAGCUAACGGCUAUCAUAGGAGACUUUGACUCCGUCCUGCCCGCCACUCUCGACCACUACAAGCGGCAGGACCCACCCGCGGCCAUCCUCCAUCUGCAGGAUCAGGACUCGACCGACCUUCAAAAGGCCCUCAACUUCCUCCAGGACACUGAUCGCUGGUCCACCGUGGCCCAAGUAGACGGCCUGCAUCGGGCAGCACCGGCUACGCCAGCAGCGCGGUGGACCGUGGUCGUGUGCGGUGGUUUGCGUGGCCGCCUCGAUCACGUGCUCCAGUCGCUCAACUCGGGGCUUAUGUACGUAAACACGCACCGCAUCGUGUUUCGUGACCAAGACUGUUUGGCCGAGGUCUUGCCGCCCGGAGACCACCACUUGGGAUUGGUGCGUGCCGUCGAAGGCCCCCACUGUGGCCUCUUGCCCUUGGCGGGCUCGGCGCGCGCCGUCACCCACGGUCUGCAGUGGAAUCUGAGCGACUGUGACGAAUUGGAGAUGCGCUGGGGUGGCCUCCUAUCCACCAGCAACCGCGCUACCGGCACACACGUGCGCGUCACGUCCUCCUCGGCCCUCCUUUGGACCAUCGAAUGCACCUAG